ACCCUCGGCUUCCUCCCACCGAUCAUUUUGGCGGGAGACCAGCAGUUGGCCGCCUCCACUCUCCACUUUCCCGCGCAGAGCAAAUCAGCAAUGGACGGCGGCUCCUCCUUCCAGGCCUUCACGGCCGCCGCCGCCAUGGAGAUGGAGGAGUACCUCAACUGGAAGAAGAACGCGCCGGUGCUCUAUGACCUCGUCGUGUCCCACCCGCUCGAGUGGCCCUCGCUCACCGUCCAGUGGCUCCCCUCGGGGUCGUCGGCCUCCGCCCGCUCCCACCGCCUCGUCCUCGGCACCCACGCCUCCGACGACUCCCCCAACCACCUCAUGCUCGUCGACGCCGUGCUCCCGCUCCCGCCGCGCCUGGCCGCGGCGGCCGCCGCCGAGGGCCGCGCCGUCCCGGCCCCGUCCGUGUCCAUCGGCCGCUCGGCGUCGCAUCAGGGCGAGGUCAACCGCGCCCGGUGCAUGCCGCAGCGGCCGUACACCGUGGCCACCAAGACCUGCGUCGAUGAGGUGCACGUGUACCACCUCGGGGAGGACGGCGACAAGGGCGGCGCGGAUGCCGUGCUCAGGGGCCAUGGCGCGGAGGGGUAUGGGCUGGCGUGGAGCGCCAUGAAGGAGGGGUUCCUCCUGAGCGGCUCGUAUGAUAAGAAGAUUUGCCUGUGGGAUCUCAAGGCCGGGAAUGGAGCCCCGGUUCUGGACGCGCAACAGGUGUUUGAGGCUCAUGAGGAUGUCGUUGAAGAUGUUGCUUGGCACCUUAAGGAUGAAAACCUAUUUGGAUCUGUUGGCGAUGACUGCAAGUUCAUGAUGUGGGACCUACGUACGAACAAACCAGAACAAUCUAUGGUUGCGCACCAAAAGGAAGUGAACUCUCUGUCCUUCAAUCCGUUUAAUGAAUGGAUCUUGGCUACAGCAUCUGGCGAUGGAACUAUUAAGCUAUUUGACUUGCGAAAGCUAUCUAGAAGCUUGCAUGCUUUCGACAACCAUGAGGGCGAGGUUUUCCAGGUUGAGUGGAAUCCAAACUUGGAGACUGUAUUAGCCUCCCAUGCUGCAGACAAAAGGGUGAUGAUAUGGGACGUUAGCAGGAUCGGCGAGGAGCAGGCGGACGAGGACGCGGGCGACGGGCCACCGGAGCUGCUUUUCGUCCACGGCGGGCACACGGCCAAGAUCUCGGAGCUGUCGUGGAACCCCAGCGAGAAGUGGGUGGUGGCCAGCGUGGCGGAGGACAACGUGCUGCAGAUCUGGGAGGUGGCAGAGAGCAUAUACAGCGACGACAACGGCAGCAACAGCAACGCCCAACCUCUUCCCUGAUGUGUGGACGAUGGGGACAUGGAUCGCUCGUAGUCUUUGGGUGAGUGGACGCGUCGCGUGCGGUUUACUUGUAGUGCCUCGUACGGUUUCGUCGCUUAAUUAGCAGCAUCUGCUAUCGUUUGGCGCCUGGAGACAUGGAUGGAUCGAGUAUCUUGGAGAAGUGACUCUGGAACAUUUGUGUGUCCGUGAGCUGAAGCCUGUUGUUACCUGGUG